CUCAAGCAUCAAUCGGUGGCGGAUUCACUCACUAUAUGAACCCCGCCUUUUCACCAAACCUUCAUGCGACCCCCAGCCUUGCCCAUCUUCAAGGAGGACCACCAUGGAUUUCCUCGACAGUCAUGCCAUCGAACGUACCAGGCAUGUCGUAUGGCAUACUGCCUGGAAUGGGUCAGUCAUCAGCCUUCACUCUAUACCCAUCAAGCUAUACGGCAAUAGGAGGAACCCUCCCCACAUACAUGGAGGCGGGUCCGACAGUUGUGCCUGCGCCGCGUUUUGCACAGUCCGGCAAGUGCCGUGUGUUCCGUCGGGUUGUAUUUCCUGCUGGCGUUGUUUGUUUUUGCUCAGAGCAGCCGCCGUGCUUCCUACUGGCGUGGUGUAGGAAGGCAAGAGCUUCAGCUUCGUCGAUGGCGGGGGGGUGGGAGAUGUCGUCUUCAAGGAGGUCCGUCUCCUUGUUGCCGUUGCUUCGACUGUUGGCCAUCGCCACUCUUUUCAUCUGUCCGGCGGUGGCUGUUCCCGCCAACAAUUUCGCUGACUUGAAGAGGUUGUUGGCGGAUACGAGUGUGAGCGCAAUCGAGGUGAAGGCUGACAUCAAGUUGACGGAGGACUUGCCACAGGUCAAGCGCUCGAUCCGCAUCGUUGGACAGUGUCCAGGUGGCCGACAAUGUGUGGUCGAUGGUGACUCCAAGUACCGUAUCUUUCUCAUCAGCGGAUCAAGCGGAUGCUCUCGCCCCGCUCCAAGGCUCCGUGUCGACAUCAGCAAUUGCCGUCUUAUCAAUGCGAGAGCUAAUUUGGCUCAAGUUGAAGGGUGCGGGACUUUGCAGUGGGAUAGUGGGGCAGCUCUGAGCUUGAUUGUUGUGGCGUCAGCCACGGUGAGGGGCGUCAAUUUCGAGGGCAAUGCGGCCCCUGCUCGCUCUGGUGGCGGCUUGGCCGUUUACUCGUCAGGAUUCUUAAGUCCGAUUUCAACUCUUGAUAUCGCCAACUGUGUGUUCCGCAACAAUCGCGCAGGCAAUACCGGAGGCGGCAUCGACCUUGACAGCGGCGUGAAGACGACCAUCACUUCCUCAACCUUCAUUAAUAAUGCUGUUACGUCGGACGUGUCGGCGGCGUUUGCAGGAGGAGGUGGUGCGCUGUCAGACUUUUCUGGGAAUUUGCAAGUGAUUGGCUGCACGUUCCAGAACAACACGAACGCGUUCGGCCUUGGCGGCGCCGUCAACAUUGGCAGCAUUUAUGGGGUGCCGCCUGGCCGGUCGGAUUUCCAGUCGAACACAUUUGAGGAUAAUUCCGCGAAGGAAGGCGGCGCCAUCAGCGUGAUUAGGGCGGGAGUGUCCAUCUGCAAGAACACGUUCACGAACAAUGUGGCGACUGGUGCCGGCAGCGCCGUUAGGAGUAGCAGCAACGUGCUCGUAGUCCUUGACAGGCACCCGGCCAAGUUCUGCCCGCGCAUUCCCGCUGGCACUCGCACCGUCUGCACGCGCGAUUACAGGGGACCUGGCUUCUCCAUUCUGUCGGAUGCCCCUUGUACUGUGAGCGACCAGGUGCGUGUAGUGUGCGGUAAUGGCGGGAGCUGUUUGCCCCGCGGAGUGGAUAUCAGGACACCAACCGGUCGCCUGGCAAGCUUUCUCCUGGACGAGAAGCGCACCAAGCUGACACUCACAGAGAACGUCGUGCUCACCGAGGGCCUUCCCCAUCCUUCCCUCCUCAGAACCAAGCCAAUCACAAUCACCGGCAAGUGCCCUCGGUCUCCCGGUGGAAGAUGCGUGAUCGACGGCCAGGGGAAGUUUACGGCCUUCAUCUUCCCCGUGCACGUGACCAUGGAGAACAUCGAAUUUCGGCGCGCAGCUCUGACGGCCGUCAAGGCGGAUGGCGGCUUCAUUGGCAGGAACCUUGUCUUCACACGGAACAGUCGGCCUGUCAACUUUGACGUCUCUCCGAACGACGCCCCUUAUACGGCGGGACUGUUCAUUUCUGGAAACUUCACUAUUUCAGACUCCACCUUCAGUGAAAACUCUGGUUACUCUGCGGUUGCGCUUGCCACCUCCGAAGGCGACACAUUCACGAGGGGAGUUAUCUCAAAGUGCACAUUCAGUAAGAAUGUGGCGGCGCGCAUUGGCGCUGCAGUGAGUUUGGGUGGGGAGAGGAGCAAGACUUCGUACCGCGUGGCGGACUCGACUUUCAUGGGGAACACGGCCGCCCAGGCGGCCGGAAUCGACGCAAGUAAUGGGCAGGUGGAGAUCGUUCGUUGCACUUUCAAGAACAACAAAGCGACCAAGUUCUUUGCUGGGGCAGUUCUUAUUGACGAGUACGAGAAGUUUUCCCUUUGCAACUGCCAGUUUUCUGGAAACACCGCCAAGGAGAGCAACAGCAGCAAUCUCUUCGUGUCGCAGGUUACCACAAUACCGGCGGCGACUCUGUUCUGCCCUGCUCAACCUCCUCAAACGGAAUUCAACUGCAACUUCAACGGCGAUAGAGACGAACCGUUCCCUUGUUUUCCGAUCACGAUCGGAGGGCCAGGAUGUGCCGGCUGUCGUUAGCUGCUACUUACAACAGCGAGAGAGUUAAGUUAACAGCAGCGAGAGACUUAGGCGGCAGGUGGUAGGGGGUUUGCACGCGGGAUGUCGAGAGCCAAUAAGGGGUACUAAGAGUCUCGGUGGGAUUUAGACUUUAGAAAGUUCAAUUUUCGCUGUUGGUCAGGGAAUCGCUGUUGUCAAUAAUGUUGUCGAUGGUUCGAGCUGAGCGCUGUUGUCGUUAAGUUCUCUGUAAUCUUUCCAGAGGGCGUAUGAUGCGAGAGGGGCGGGGUUGAGGGUCCCUCCUGUAUUCUUCGUUCGUGCCACUUUGUGGAGGUUUAUUUCCUCAAUUGGCGGCAAGAAACAGAACUGCGCUCGAGUCGAAGCUUGACCCGGGCAUCUGUUUUUUUUUUUUUUUUUGUCAAGGAGCCGUGAGAAUUGGUCUCUGUGCCUGUGCUUUCAGGAGUGGGUAUGUACUGGUUGCUCCGUCUCUGCGGAAACGGAGUUUAGACAGCGCUUUUCUUCAUCGAGAAAGAGAUCGGUCAGCAUGGCGGGAAAGCCCUCCUACGGUAGUCAUGUCUGAAGAUGAUUUAGUCCUUCGGUAUUCGCCAGUUGGAUGGAUCGAUGAAAAAAGGUCUUUUUGCAAUUGCUGUUAAACGAUAAGGUAGAAAUAACUGAUUACGUUAUUUGAAACCCGUGUUGUGUUGAUCGGGACGAGCUGGGCAUAACAUCGCUGGUUCAAGUUGUGUCCACUUCUGUAAUUCUAUCUCUACAGAAUCAAUCAUUCACUGCCCGCAAUUCGAAUUGAUUGGAGAAAGUUAUUCGGGGUCAUUGGAGCCAUAUGUCAUUGGUGUUAAGGUAGAAGUCGGUGAUGAUGCAUAUGUAAUUUAUCCCGCAUUGAGAUGCUUUCGGUCGGGCUUUCAGAAGCGUGAUCCGCAGAGAUGCUGAGAUUGGCAUAUUGCAUGAGCUUCGUGCCAACGAGCGCCCUCUCCUCCUCAAAUGGUUUCAGAAAUGGUAAUCAUGGUCGUUGAAGUUGUUAUUGCCUACGGUCCGUCUGAAGAGCCGGUCCUACCUACCUGUCUCUCUCCCACUCUCUCUCAAACACACCCACACACAUCGCCUGUCUCCCACAUAUCUUGAUGUGACAUUGUGAACAGUUUCAGGAAAUGAAAAUACGUUUACUAU